AUGAUUCUCCCCGACGAUACCCCUGAGUCUCCUACGAAGUCCCGCGCGGGCCCGCCGUCUGAGGCGGUAGACGAGGACUUCGUCGCCCCACCCCCUGCAUACCCGGGCAACGGCAACAACUCGUCGCGGCACUACGACGUAGAAUCGCAAGCAGGCCCAUCUAGCGAACCUUUGCUCCAACCACAACAUCAUGUUGAGCAGGUCGAACCUGCACCUCAGCGGUUCUUCAAAGCGCUAGGCAUCGCUGUUCUUAUUUGGCUUGUGGUCGGAUCGUUUGCACGAAGCGUAGUCUCCGUAUCGUAUACAGGCCCUCAUCCGGGAAGGGGAAAAAAGGGCCCCGUACCUCGGGUUCUCCCCAUACCCCAGGAUGGCACAGUAGAGCUCUGCCUCCCCGCGUCAUCGCUCUCCGAAAAUGUGCAUAUCGGGCGCACCGCAUCCUUUCAGCUUCCCCUCUCCGCCGACCUCUUGUAUAUCUUUGGGCGGGGUGCCCUCAGCCGAGGUUCCAUUACGUUCACUACGUCGACGAACCACUCCCUACCGCGCAACAAAGUGCAAGUCGACAUUACACCCACAUAUGAAUCAGCAGCUCUCCUAAGCAUGGUGAACUUCUGCCACCUCGAGCGCGCACCAGGAGAAAUUGGCGUAGGCAUCUUGACACCAAAACAUGUGUCGGCCGAAGCUGUCCUCGAAUUCGCGAUAGAUGUGCAGUUCCCCGUGAUUCGCGACGGCGGGAUUGUGCAAGUCAAGGCGUUCGAGACCGACCUGCCGAUGUUCAGCCACCAUGUGAAGCGCCUGGAGAAGAAGGUUCGCUUCGAGUCGAUCUCACUCUUUUCGAAGAAUAUGCCUAUACAAAGUGAUUACCUAAGCGCGGACGAAGCCAACGUAGUCACUAGCAACGCAAAAAUUUCAGGGACCUACCACGCAUCGCGCGGGCUCUUCCUGAAGACGUCGAACGCGGACCUUACCGCAGAAGUCACGCUUUACCACGACGACUCCGCAGCAGCAUACACAAACCUGACCUUCCUCAACUCCAACGCCGCGAUCGACUCCCGAGUCCAUCUCCGCUCCACCUCCAUGGCCGCCACCGGCGGCUCAUACGACGUCCUCGCGCACACCUCGAACGCGCACCUCGACCUGCGCAUCCCCAUACAGCCCGUCGGCAGCACGCUCGCGCUCGACGCGCGCACAAGCAACGCACCCGCCGCCGUGCACCUCUCGCCUGCGUACGAGGGCGCGUGUCUCGCGGAGACCACGCUCGCCGCCGCCGAGGUCGAGUGCGACCCAAACUCGCGCGACCCCGCGGGGCUCGGCCGGACGCGCGUGUGUGCGCUGCCGCGCCACUCGGCGCAGCGGGUCGUGGGGUGGGCGAGCUGGGACGUGACGGGGACCCACCAUGGGCUGGGCGAGGUCAGCGUGGUGACGACGAACACUCCCGCUAGGCUCCUUUUGUAA